UAAAGUUGACCGGUAACAUUUUCAUUUUUACAAUCAGAAAACAGAUGCUAUUGUUUGGUCAAUAAGCUUUGUCGUUUUCUUGUUCGUCGCAAUGUUCUUCUACGAAUUCGUCGGCAUUGUGUUCAUUUUAUAUUUAGCUUGCAAAUAUUCGCAUCGAGUGGAAUAUUAUGCAAAGUUUACAUUUUUUAUUUUGGGAACUGCAGCCUCUUGUGCCGUCUUUCCGUAUGUUGGGCUUUUUCUGUAUCCAAUAAGGGACUUUAGAAAUGGAUUGCUUCCUGCAUGGGGUUUCCGUCUGACUGUUAAUUUGUUGGGAUUGGAAUACGAAUAUAGAGGGCUAGAAAAUAUUAACAGAAAUGAAGGCGGCGUAAUGGUAGUUGCACCGCAUCAGAGCAGUUUAGAUUUGGCAGUCGUGGCUUAUUUGUGGCCUGUGAUCGGUCGGGGCACGGCAGUAAUUAAAAGGUUUUUACUUUACGCGUUUCCUUUUGGCAUCGGCGUGUGGCUAUGUGGCACUCUAUUCAUUGAUCGGAAAAACAAACAGGACGCCGUACAGCAACUUCAGAUGCAACUUGAAGCCAUUCAAAAUCGAACAAAUAAAAUAAUUAUUUUUCCGGAAGGUACACGAUCGCAAAUAGACAAACUUUUGCCGUUCAAAAAGGGAGCAUUUCAUCUGGCAAUCGACAGUCAGAGUAUGAUACAGCCUGUAGUUGUGUCAAAGUAUCACUUUUUGGACAGUAAGGAAAAAUACUUUCGGAAAGGAAAAAUUAUUAUUUCGAUCUUACCUGCACUUUCCUGUAAAGGAAUGGAAAAAAAUGACGUCAAUGCUGUAUUGGAACAAACGAAACAAAUCAUGGAUAGUCACUAUCAUGAAAUAAGUAACGAAACCAAAUCCUGAUUAUUAUUAACUUAUUUAGGGUAUUUUUAUGCAACUCAAACGCAGGAUUUUCAUUUCAAAUCGUUCUCAGUAAACUUUUGAUGUUCAAAAAGUAAAAAAAAGAAAUCCGAUCGGUGUAGUACUUGUUAACUUGCUAACUUACAAUUAAAUUGUAAACAUGAAUUGUGAAUUUAUUAAUAUCGACAGACG